AGAUUUUCAAGAAGGCCUCUUCAUCGUUAGGAAUUUCCCUUCAAGAUGACAAGUGGUACAAACUCUUCAGGAUCUUGCUUUCUCACAAAAAAGAAUUCUAAAACAGAUGACAACUACUUGAAGGAAUUGAAUGAAGAUUUAAAGUUAAGAAAGCAGGAACUUCUAGAGAUGCUAAAACCUCUAGAAGAUAAGAACUCUCUCUUAUUCCAGAAGCUAAUGGGUAACUUGGAGGAAAAACAAAGAAGUCUGCAGAUCAUGAGACAGAUCAUGGCAGGGAGAAGAUGUGAUGAAUCUUCAGUCAUGGAACUUAUUAAGGAAGCAGAGGAGAUGAAACAGAACCUGGAAAAGAAAAACAAGAUGCUUCGGAAGGAAAUGGAGAUGCUAUGGAACAAGACAUUUGAGUCACAAGAGCUCCAAGAUCAACAGAAAGCUUUACCGACAAAGCCCAAGGCAGACUUGAAAGAUGGAAAGGAAAAGCAACAGAGGAAAAUAGAAUGGGUCAAAUAUGAAGAACAUUCCAACAUCCUUCAGAAUGGCUUUCAUGGCAAAGUGAUUGAGCUGAGAAUUGAAGCCUUGAAGAACUACCAGAAGGCCAAUGACUUAAAAUUAUCACUGUGCCUACAGCACAAUUUUGAGCCAAAGCAAGGAGCUUUCAAUCUUCUGAGGCCUCAAGAUAAAAUGGGUACGACUAUUGAGAGAGCAACAACCAACAGAAAUGAACCCAAUAUGAGAAUCCCAGGAUCAAAGAACUUCACAGAACAACAAGAAGGAAGUAAAGAAAGUCAAUCUGAUGAUAUAGGAGAGAGGCUCUUUUUCCUGAGGUCAAUGCCAGAUGAAGCUCUGAAGGAUUAGAAGGUUUUUGCUCCAUUUGCUUUGGACAGAGUUAAAGACUAGGCACAGCCAUUUCUGUUCAUUAAAAUCUCUCAAACCUU